CGCGCUAACGUCCACCUCUGCGGCCGCCAAAGCAGCAGGGGCGGCUGCGCUCCAGGGAACAACAGAAAUGACUAACCAAGAAGAAGCGGAGAUACAAAUUUCAGAAUUAGAUUUACUCUCUAGCAUGUUUCCUUAUGAGGAAGAGUUCAUUGUGACUGACCAGCUGGCUGUAGCAGAACUAAAACACUAUGUUGAAAAUGAGUCUGCAGAGAUGCCAUCUUCAAAGGUUCAGUUUGUACUGAAUGUAAAGCCAGAGAUCUCUAAUGCCUCUAUGGUGGAAUUCUCUAUGGCCUGUGCUUUACCAUUUAAAUAUCCAGCUGUUCUACCAGAAAUUACUGUGAGGUCAUCCUUAUUAAGCCGCUCUCAGCAGAUUCACCUGAACUCUGAUCUAAAAACGUAUUUGACGCAAAACUGCAGUGGUGAGCCCUGCAUAUUGUGUGCAAGGGAAUGGGUUAAAGACCAUGCAGCUGCUUACAUUGACAAAGAGCUUUCAUCUUCCUCGGUUACAACAUCAACUGCCGUGCAGUCAGAAGACAUCAUGUUCACUCGAUUGUGGAUCUAUAGUCAUCACAUUUACAACAAGCAAAAAAGAAAGAAUAUUAUUGACUGGGCCAAGGAGCUCUCUCUGUCAGGGUUUUGCAUGCCAGGGAAACCAGGUGUUGUUUGUGUAGAAGGUCUACAAAGUAGUUGUGAAGAGUUCUGGUCAAGAGUAAGAAGGUUACCAUGGAAAAGAAUUCUCAUUCGGCACAGAGAAGAUGUUUCUUUGGAAGGUGGAGGACAUGCUGAGAUUCAGAAACAAAGAAAGUUCUCCACUUUGGAAGAAAAAUGUUUUGAUGCACAUGGUGCCAGAGGAAAUCAUAUGGAUUUGGGGCAGUUAUAUCAUUUUUUAGAAGAAAAAGGAUGUGCUGACAUUUUUGAAAUGUACUUUGGGGUUGAAGGGCAUUGAAGGGGUUGAAGAUCACCACAAGUCCAAGUACCUACAUUUGUAAGUUAAUCCCCGUAACAGAUUCCUUAGCUGUUCUGCAACAGUUGAUCAGAGAGGGAAUUAAUAAUUUGUGGUUUAUAUGAUGAAUCCAGUUUUCAGUGAAAACAAAUAUCCAGUGAAAUCCUGAAUAAUGAAAAUGACUAUAUGAAUGCUUUAUUACGCUUUCUGGUUUUAAGGACAUUUAGGGUACACACCUAAUUACAAUGAAAGAAAAUACGUUUGAUAACCUACUGGGCAGUUACAGAAUUAUAGAUGAAUGAAUAGAUGGAUUUAUGGUGAAUGAAUAUAUGAAUAAGAAGAGACAAAAAUGAAGUGUGGCUAUCUCAGGAGAGGAAAUGUGAUGUUUACAUUAGUUGUUACUGUUUACAUACACUACACGAAGACUUUUUUGUAACAAUCUUUUCUUCUACUUUCUACCUGAAAGUAUAUUAAGCCAUGAGAUUAAUGUUUUAUUUAAA